AUGGAGAUUCUGGUACAGAAGCUGGCCAAGCAUCCCAUUUGUGGAUCAGCGGUAUUUGGUGAAAUGUGGCGGACUCGCACUAAAGCGCAGAUGAUAUCUCCCUCGAAGAAGUUUUGGACCACUGGUGCUUUGAACGGACUGCAAUGGCAGGCGACGCGAUCCAUAAGACACUCGCUCGCUGCUCUGUAUAAGCGAGAACCUUCAUGUCUGAUCAUUUCAGGUAACGCCCAACUCAGCCCUGUACGACUGCACGCCUAUGGAAGACGUCGUCAUUAUUACCAACAAACUCCACGAGCUGCUCACUGGGCAUCCGAACAAGAAGCCCACAAGCGUUGA